GUCUUGACGAUGCUGUCGAUACUGGCCUCGCUGGCCUUGAUAUGGCUGACAUUCGCUACUGUGUGGCCGUCGCUGGAUCUGGACUGGGAGGCCGACACCACAGAAGGCGCCCCGGCAGUCACCAUAAGCACAACGACGCAGCAGCCCGAGUUCCCGUCCGGGGCGGCCGUCAUCAUCGAGACGCGCACGACGCCCAACCUGGUGCCGCUGCUGCUGCACUUCUCGGCGACGCUGGGCGCCGGCUGGCCCGUGGUGCUCUUCACACCGGCGGAGGCAUGGACGCCGCCGGCCAGCGCGGCGCUGCACCGGGCGCUGGCCGAGGGCCGGAUCCGGAUCCGGCACCUGCCGGCCAACCUGACGGGGUUCGCGACGCACAACUCGGUCUCGCUCUUCCUGUCGGGCGAGUGGCUGUGGGCGCAGCUGACCGACGCGCCGCGGGUGCUGCUGUUCCAGACGGACAGCGUCAUCUGCGCAAACGCAAACGGCACCGUCGACGACUUUGCGCGCUGGGACCUCGUGGGCGCGCCCAUCGCGCCGCGCUGGGGCAGGGGGUACAACGGCGGCCUGAGCCUGCGGAACCCGCGCCUGAUGCGGGACAUUGCGCGCUCGCACGGCGACGAGUUCCGGAGGGCCAACUCGGCGCCCGGCGGCGGCGCCCUGCCCGCCCACGAGAGGUUCGAGGACCAGUGGUUCUACAGCAAGGCGGUCGAGAUGGGCGCCAGCCUGCCGGGUCCCGAGGUGGCGCGCGAGUUUGCGGUCGAGACGGUGUACUUUGAGAGGCCGCUCGGCUUCCACCAGCCGGCGAGAUGGCAGAAGGAUAAGAUGGAGGAGAUUCUGGCGUGGUGUCCCGAGGUGGCCAUGUUGGAGGGGCAGGCCAAGUUUGGGUGAACUUGUUUGUUUUGUCCAUUUUGUUUUUGUACCAGUUGAUGCCGUCUUCAACUCUCCUUCGUAGUCAAAGGCAGCCAAGACUUCCUAUCGGACACCUUCCGACGCACCCCCGCCCUGUCCCACGAUGUCGCCGUCCAGAUCCGCAGUUGCGCAAUCACUAGCGCGG